AUGAAUCUCACAGAAAGCCAAGUUUUGCAUCUUCCACCCCUUAUAGACGGAGAUGAUGUGUCUACAGCACUUGAAACCCUUGUCCAAAUCACUCAGGCCUUGGAUAUUCCAGAUGCAUCAUUUGCUCAUUAUUCGUCCACGAUCGAUGCUUUACAUGCGGAAAGACACGCCCUCAUGCGCUCAUUACUCAGAUUGCAGGGAGUAGAAGAUGCACUGAAAGAUUAUCUUGCUUCGCUCAAACUCGAACUCAAUUUGAUAAAGCGCUGGAACGGGAUUCUCACUUCUGGAUCUCCUGACAGCAUAUACCAAGACACGACGGCAACUUUAGAGAAGCGAAAGGAGGCUUUGGUCAAAAAAUCGAAAGAACAUUAUCGGGAAUUGGAAUCUUUGCAGGCCGAGGUCCCACUCAGCAUACCUAUUUCCAUUAACAAAUUGCUCACACAAAAAGAGAAGAAUCAACUUAAAGAGCGUGAAAUCAGAGAAAAACGAGCGAGGAUCAAAGCAUUUCAAGGUCUCCCUCCUAACCUCGAGUUGGCGCGGCAUGAAUUAAAGCAAGCCCGUCGGCGACAGACUGAAUUGACGCAACUUCGAGAACGGCUACUAGCUAAAAUGGCAGAUGGAUUGGCGUAG